UGGCGGCGGCUUACAAUAGUGAUUGGUCAAGGUGAUUGCAGCUUUCAAUAAUUAAAUAUAAUGUAUUUUGAAAACUAAAAUAAAACAAAAUGAAAGCAAUUUUAAGAUAUUUAGGUUUUUUGUUUUUUUAAAACAUGAGAACAGUUUUGAAAAUAAUUAAAUUCAAAACAUUUGCCUAAACAAGUUUUUAAUUUUGUUUUUAAAAUACAAAAAAAUAUUUUCAAAAACAGAAACGAAACAGGCUUAUAGUUUCUGCUACUCAAUUUUGGAAAUCAAUGGAAAUAAUUUCAAUUUUGUUUAAGAAAUUCUCCAUUUUGUUAUAUCAUUUUUAAAGAGUGUUGAUUAAUUUACGUUGUUGUCUAUAAUUUCUUAUUGUACGUUGAUGAACUUGAGAAUUGCUGCUUUUCUUGUACUCUCAUAAUUAGUUAGUUUCAGCUAUCAUCUUUCUGCAUUGGUUUCUGGCUAAAAUUAAAAGAUAUCAAAACUAUCAUCAAAUCUAAUUACAGAAGCAGUUCUAAUAAUCAUCCUUCUGCUUUGCUUCCAUUAAUUAUUGUUCUGCCUUAAAAAAAAGGGCAAAAUAGUCAUCAGGUCGCAUUACAGUAGAUGAUUCAUCUUCGUUGGAAGGAUGAAUUAGACAAGGUGCAAUUAGUGUUAAUCGCCUAAUUAGUUGGUGACCUUAAAAUCUAUAUGAGAGGACUGCAUCAAUUUGUUUACUUCUUUCUUCUGUACGACUCAAAAAAUAUCGCCAAAUUUAUCAUCAAUUUACAUUACAGAUGGAAGAGAUUGGGAGUAAUAUUGCGACCAAGCUUGCAGAGCGUCUAUAUAUGGGAUCCAAUUUCACGUGGUGCUCGUUACUUGUUCUUCUUCAACCAAUUCAUUGGAGAUUUUAAGAACGCAAGAGAAGACCUGGAGGUCAAACUAGCAGACAUGGAAAACCGUAAGGAAGAAGCUGAUCGAAAAACUAAAGAGAUAAUGCCAUACGUGAAGAAGUGGUUGGAUGAUGUUCAUGCUAUUCUAGAGGCUGUGCAAAAUCUGCAGCAUGAGGUUGAAGAAGGAGGAGCAAAGAAGUGUUUGAACGUGCCACGUAGGAAUAUUCUUUAGCCAAAAAAAUGGAUGACAAGGCUAACCAGAUCAAGAACCUCAAAAUAGACUCCAACUUUGAGCCAUUUUCCCAGCUAACCUUACUUCCAGGCAUGCUUUCUUUCGAGGGCUUCAUGGAAUUCAACUCAAGGAAAUUAGCAUACAAUCGUCUUUUAGAGGCCAUUAAAUAUGGUAAGAACAAGAUUGGACAGUAUGGAAUUGGAGGCUCAGGUAAAACCACCUUAGCAAUCAAGGUAGGUGAGACAGUUAAACAACUGAAGAUUUUUGACAAGGUGAUCAAGGUGGUUGUCUCUCAAUCUCUAAAUGUUCGAAAAAUCCAAGAGGAAAUAAAAGAACUGGCAGGUUUGAAAUUCAACGAGGAAACCAAAUCUGCCAUUGCAUAGAGGCUAUUAAUGGGAUUGAGAAGGAUGAAAAUUCUUAUAAUCUUAGAUGAUGUGUGGAGCAAAACGCUAAGCCUUGAAGAAAUUGGCAUUCCAGUGAAUGAAGGUUGUUGUGUCUUGUUAACCACUCGCCUUCAUGAUGUAUGUGUCUCCAUGGAUUGUGAGAGUAUAACUAAACUGCCUCUCUUAACAGAGGAAGAGGAAUAGGCUUUGUUCAAGAUGCGUGCUAACAUAAUCAAUGUCUCAAAUGAUGAGUUUGAUGGCAUUGGAAGGAAGAUUGUUGAAGAGUGUAAGGGUCUACCCAUAGCAAUUGUGACUGUAGGAAGCAUAUUAAAAGGAAAGAAUAUUCAAGUGUGGAAGUCAACUCUACAAAGGCUACAACAUCCCACUUCGCUGGAUAUUGAAUAAGAUUUGAGCAGCCUUUACGCAGUGCUGGAAAUAAGUUAUGACAAUUUGCCAAGUCAACUAGCCAGGUCCCUUUUCUUAUUGUGCUCUAUGUUUCCUGAGGAUCAUGAAAUCCAUAUAGAGGAUUUAAUUCGUUUUGGCAUGGGGACUAUUCUUGAGCUAAGUGACAGUGAUUAUACAGUGGAUGAUGCAAGGAAUGAGAUUUUAGUCACUAUUGAGAGGUUGUUAGAUUCUUGUUUAUUAAUGCCUACCAAUGAACAGACUCGUGUAAAAUUGCAUGAUGUGGUGUGAGAUGUAGCUUUGAGGAUUAUGAAGAAAAUGUCUCAAGCAAUUCUGGUCGAAAGAAAUGUUGUUUCAAUCAUGUUGAAUAAACAUCAAAUUUUGAAAGAUACAAAGGCACUGCCAUUGUGGAAUUUGGAUGAGAAUUUCAAGCUCUCUAAUCAAUUGCAUUCUCCAACACUUGAGAUUAUGCUACUUCAUCCUCAAGGGUUCAUUGACCAUUUUGGAGGGACAGAAGCACUAAAAGUCUUGGCCCUCAUAAUAUUUAGCUUUGAAUGGAUAUCUUGGUCUUAUAAGGAAAAAAAAAAUUAAAUGUUCAAUUCUGCAAUCAAUUGUGACAUUAAGAAAUCUUCAUACGUCAUCCCUUAAAGGAAAAGUAUUGGGUGACAUCUCUUUCUUGGGUGAACUUAAAGAAUUAGAGAUUUUUGAUUUGUGUAAUUCUAAAUUUGAUAAAUUACCUGUUGGAAUUGUAGAAAUGAAAAAGUUGAAAAUUUUGGACAUGUUUGGUUGCGCAAUCAAGAAAUGCUUUCUAGAAUUAAUUAGAAGAUGUGAGCAGCUCCAAGAAUUAUACUUUUGGGAUAAUAAAUCUGCCAUCCCAGCAAGUUUUCCUCCUUCAAGAUUGAAGAGGUAUGUUAUCUAUGACUCCAUAUGCAGUUUAGAUACAUAUGAAGGCCCUUUUCUAGAAUAUUUUGAUGGCUGUACA